AUGGCUUUACUGCUGCUGGCUUUCCUCCUACCUUCUCUUGUCACGGCACGAUGCGAGUGCGGCUACUCGGUCAACAAGACGACGGACGCGGAGCACACGGUCUGGACGGACCUGAUGGAGACGGACUUCCUGCACAUCGACGACGUCGCCAACAACAGCGACGGCGCCAACAACAACAUCGGCUGGGUGCCGCAGGUGUACAACGUCACGCCGGCGCUGGCGCGCGGCACGUACGGCAAGAUGGCGCUGCUGGAGAACGUGGUGGCGAACCCGCUGAAGAACCCGUGGGACUGGGCGGGCGAGGCGACCGAGGCGGGAACCGAUGCCGGGUUGCAGCUGAUGGUGCGUUCGCGGCCGGUCGACGACAUGGUGCCGAUUGGGGAGAUCGUCGCCGCGAGGACGGACAUGCUGUAUGGCAGCUUUCGGGUCGCGAUGAAGAUGACUGGGGUUCCGGGGACCUGCGGGGCUUUCUUUUGGUUCCGGAACGACACGCAAGAAAUCGACGUCGAGUUCCUGUCCAAGCAGCUCAACGCCUCGUCCAACCUCGUCAACCUCGUCCUGCAAUCGCCGCAGUCGGCCGCGGCGGGAUACGACGCCUCGCACACGCCCAACUACGACGUCUACCCGCUGCCGUUCCGGCCGGACCGCGCGUUCCACGAGUACCGCUUCGACUGGGUGUCGGACCGCGUGUCGUUCUACGCCGACGGCACGUGGCUCAAGGACAUGACGAUCGAGCUGCCCAACAGCCCGGGCCACCUCGUCCUCAACCACUGGUCCAACGGCGACGCGCUGUGGUCGGCCGGCCCCCCCGCGCAGGACGCGACCAUGACCGUGUCGUACGUCAAGGCCUACUUCAACUCGAGCGACCCCCAGCGCCAGAAGGACUACUCCUUGCGCUGUGCCGCCGCCGCCGCCGCCGGUGAUAAUGCCACGGUCUGCCAGAUCCCGAACCAGACGUCGCCGCCGGAUAACCAGGGGCCCGACGCUAAUAGGACGGCGAGGACGUUCUUCUUUUCCGAUGACCCGCAAGAUUCGGUUAAUCAGACGGUGUUUGACGGAUGGCGGAACAGGAAUGAGGGUGGAGGAGGACCUGCUGUUGGGUGGAUGAAGUUGGCGGCCGGCAUGGCCUUCGCUUCGGUCAUGACCGUGGUGGGUAUUGCAUAG